AAAAACACACAAAAAUUCCCCCUGGCCUCCUCCCACGCUCUCAAAUUUGAAAUCGCAAGCGAGACGAGACGAAGACGAAGACGAAGACGAAGGGCAAGAGGCAAGAGCUAGGGUUAGGGGAGGCGAUUUUGUUUCCGCCCGUGGAUCGAACCCCGUCCAGGGAGCGGUGGGGGCGUAUUGCAGCCGCCGCUCGCCGUGGCCGCAGCGGCAGCCCGUCGCAGAAGGAUUCGGGGCCGCCGCCUCCCAGAUCCACCCCUCCGGGGACCGCGGCUGCUGGACGAGGCGACGCUCCGCGGGGACCGGGCGGCGGCAGGCGUCCCGCCGCGACAAGGCUCGCCGUCGGCGGGCGAUUGCCUAUGAUAUCCAAUUUCUUGAAGCAACUCCUUGAAGGCCUUACUGAGGCUUGAUAGUAAUGAUCCUUUUAUCCCUUAGAGGUUCUUACAUCAAAGUGAGGAUUGAAUGUCUUCACCUGUGAUGGCAAGUGACACCGGAAAGGGUCCAGACAAGGGUGGAGAAGCUUCUGGACCUCCACCAGCUCCUCAAGAAGGUGAAAUCAGCAAUGAACCACAAAGGCGACGGCCGCUCAAUGGGAGGACCACUGGUCCAACACGGCGUUCCACCAAAGGAAAUUGGACCCCUGAAGAGGAUGCCAUAUUGUCCAGAGCUGUUCAGACAUACAAAGGGAAGAAUUGGAAAAAGAUAGCGGAAUGUUUUCCGGAUAGAACCGAUGUACAAUGCUUGCACAGGUGGCAAAAGGUUCUAAACCCUGAAUUGGUCAAAGGGCCAUGGUCCAAAGAAGUAAGGAUGCUAUUCAAUUUAUUUUCAUUUCUUAAAUGGAAAUAUUGCUUAGUCAACUUACGGAUGAUGACUUGUUCCCUUUUUCAGGAAGAUGACAUCAUUGUUCAGAUGGUAAACAAGCUUGGACCAAAGAAAUGGUCAACUAUUGCUCAAGCUUUGCCGGGACGUAUAGGAAAGCAAUGUCGGGAACGGUGGCACAACCAUCUUAACCCUGGCAUAAACAAGGAGGCAUGGACACAAGAAGAGGAAAUUACCCUCAUACAUGCCCAUCGAAUGUACGGGAAUAAAUGGGCUGAGUUGACAAAAUUUUUACCAGGAAGGACGGACAAUGCAAUUAAAAAUCACUGGAACAGUUCAGUAAAGAAGAAGGUCGACUCAUACAUAUCAUCAGGUUUACUCGCCCAAGUCUCGUGUCUUCCUCUAAAUGAAUGCUCUGCACACUGUAAUUCCUCACCUGGGAUGACCCAACAAAGUGAAGACAGUGGUUGCUAUGCUGUUCGAGAGGUUGAAAAUUCAUCAGGGUGUAGUCAAUCAUCACUCUCCAAGGUUUCUUGCUCCCAAGUGCACAAUGCUAAUGUGACAUUGGGCUGUGAUUUACAAGUAAACGCGAGUGUCGACAAUAAUGAAACACAUGAUUCUCAAUCUUCUAUGGGCCUUGAAGCAUGCUAUGCUUCUGUGGAGGCUGUUGCAUCUGCUAUUCCUGAGGUGCAUUACCAUGUUUCUUCCUGUAGCUUUGACCCAGAUCAACACUUGCAAGAGGAGUUUGCUCAUGGAUUGAAUCUGCACAUGAGUAUAGAUGAAAUGCCAAGUAAUUCUAGUUUUGCAGACAACCAAACUAUUUGUAGUAUAGAAGAUCAUGAAAAAUCAAUGGAGCCAUAUGAUGUAGCAGUGGAAAUGCCUCUCGCUAUUUUACCAAGUGGUGAUUCUGGAGCUGAGCAAAAACUACAUUUCAUGUCCGAGGAUGACUUCAACAGUCCUAAUUGUCUGAAAUCUGAAAUCUGGCAGGAUAUUUCCUUACAAAGCCUUCUUUCUGAACCUGAUACAGUUGGAACUGAUUCUUUUUCAAGAUCAAAUCACCAAUCGGAUGUAUAUUCCUCAAAAGCAGAUACUGAAUUUUUAGCACCACCCUACCUGUUACAGACAUCAAAUUCUUCCAGUGUGAUAGAGGCCACUUAUGGGAAGAGUCUGCAGAUGUCAAUACCACCAUCUCUUAUCUGUUCAAAUGAUAUGACUGAUGCACCUUCUGAUGCUAUACCAGAACCAAAAGAAAUACCCUUUUCUCAUGUAGAAAUGGUUACACAGUCUUCCAGUUCUUCUGGUGAUGCUGAAAUGUUUGCUAACCCUUGUAGUAGCAAUGACAGGCAUGCUCCUUCAAUGAUGGAAAGCAUACCUGAAUGUGGGCACCAACAGGCUACUAAUGUGGAAGAACCUGAAGCCAGUAUAGAGAGAGAACCAUCGGUUACACAGAGUGUGACUGCACCGGUUGAACAGAAGGACGAGGGAGCCCUAUUCUAUGAACCUCCUCGUUUUCCAAGCAUGGAUGUUCCAUUUGUCAGUUGCGAUCUUGUAACCUCUGGUGAUCUCCAAGAGUAUAGUCCCCUUGGCAUUCGGCAGCUAAUGCGGUCAAGCAUGAAUAUCUGCACUCCAGUGAGAUUGUGGGGAUCCCCUACACAUGAUGAAAGCCCAGACAUUUUGCUGAAGAGUGCUGCCAAAAGUUUCAUAUGCACACCAUCAAUACUAAAGAAACGCCACAGAGAUCUCAUAUCUCCGAUUCCAGAUAAAAGAAUCGAGAAGAAAUCUGGAACUGAAAAGUAUUGUGGGGUAUCAGACAUGUCCUCUGUUGGCAUUCAGACAAGUUUUAUUAAUGCCGCUAAAGAUCAUGCUGUUAUAACUAAAUCAGUUUUGCGUAUUGAGAAACUUUUCUCUGAUGAGAACAAAGAAAAUUUGGGCAACAAAAUAGAACAGGCGAAAGAUGGACAGAGUGCAGGAAAUGAGAAACAUAUCGAUGAACAGGAAAGAGGGGAGCAACGUUCUGCAACAAAUAUAGCUACUACUUAUGGUGAUCUGCCAGACAAUUUACAACCUGCAGGUAUUCUUAUCGAGCACAACAGUAAUGAUCUUGUUUCCCCAUAUAAUGGCAAAAAUGCCAUGAAUCAGAAGCUAAACACAAAUAAGGAAUCAUCGGUGGUUUGUAAGGAGGGAGUGCCUGCUAAAUCAAAGCCCACAGAACUUAUUGUGGAGAAAUCUUCACCAUGCAUAAAUGUGGAUUAUGAAUAUGUGAACAUAUUGGCUGAUACCCCAGGCAUCAAAAGAGGACUGGAAUCUCCUUCAGCAUGGAAGUCCCCUUGGUUCGUAGAUAUGCAAUUUCAGGGUUCAUACUUCGUCAGCCCAGCUGAUAGAACUUACGAUGCGCUAGGCUUGGUGAAGCAGAUAAAUGUGCAGACUGCUGCUGCUUUGGCAGAGGCCCGUGAAGUGCUGGCAAGUGGCGGCCAAUCUGAGAACAGAAACUCUGAUAAGGAAAACAUGGAGAAUCGAAACACCAAGAAGGAGCCAGGAGCAACAAUUUUGCAAGCAAAAAUCAUGGCCGAGGGGAGAAUCCUGGAUUUCAACGAAUGCACCACACCUGUAAGAUCAUCAGACAAGAAAGCUGGCAGCAAUCUGGGAAGGUCUCUGAGCUCACCUAUUCCUUCCUCCCAUCUUCUGAAAAGUUUCCGAUAGGUAGAUAUAUAUACUUGAGACCUGGCUGUAACAAUCAUCAUGUGAAAUUGUGAAUGCUCUUGUUCAUUACCGUAUUCUUUGUCACUAUUACCGUAAAGAAAGCUGCUUCUUGUGACUGCUAUCUAAUUCAGCCCAGAAGCUAGCUUCCAAAAGGCAGCAGGAUCCUUGGGCUGUUGAAACUGUAUUAUUUAAUUUAAUUUUAAUUUAUUCCUGCUCAACAUUUGACAUUCCAGACCAAUUUUGUGUAGGCCUGAUUCAAAGUGGCAUAGCGAAGCCAUUUGG